AUGCUACACCGCUCGGCCGUGGACGAUGAUCCCAGAGCCUUCCACCGACGUCCCUCCGGGCCCCUUUCAGAACCCCCGUCGGCACCGCCCCCUAAUCGGCCCGCUUCUCGGUCAUCCCGACCAGGCUCCCGAACUCGCAUGAUGAAGACAUCUAGAGCUGUGACUCCGACAGGACUUGGGAUGGUGACGGAGAAUAAUGUUCCGGAGGUCUCCCCGGUUGGACUCAGCAGCGCCAGUCCAAUCAAAGAGGGUCUGGGCAGUUUAAAUCGAUGGUCACAAUCCACAACCUCAAGCAAGAGUCCAUCCGAAUAUACUACCGCCCACCGUCGAGGUAGCUCGAAAAUGUCAAUCUCCGGCCAUAGUCCACGCGGAGGAGCCGCGCUCGGGGAACUCCCAGAAUUAAGUCUCCCUGAAUUCAGGGCAUCCGACAUGUUUGCGCCAGGUCCAAACAACCCACACCUGGAUCUAUCUUUCACGGCUUCAAGUCACCUCUUCCAAAACUCCCCACCCAACGAUACUCGAGACUCGGGUUCUGCGCCUUCCAAUCCCGCGCGCACAAGUGAAGGCGCCACUUCGGCAGAUGGAGAAGGCGAUGCCGAUGCAGAGAAUCGUCAACAUGGUCAAACUCAAAAAGCCAUGCUCUCGAAAGCUCUUCAAAAGGCGAAUACGGCUGUACUUCUCGACAAUGCGGCCAAUUUUGAAGGUGCCAUGGAAGCAUACACGGAUGCCUGCCAGUUACUGCAGCUAGUGAUGAUGCGGAGUAAUGGAGGCGAUGAAGAGAAACUCAAGCUACAGGAAAUCCGCGAUACCUAUAUGAUCAGAAUUACGGAACUCGAACGCAUGGACUUCCCCCUUCCCAAUAGCGCCGGCAAAGCUCUUCCAGAGCGCCCUCUCAGUCAGGAGUCAUACGGAGAAUUACUUCAUGCCUCCGCGCAUGACGAAUCAAUCCCCAACAGUCAACAUACCUCUACGAAUUCCAGCCUUUCUCUCCAAGCGGCUAUGGAUGAGAUGAAAUCCUUACCAGCAGAGGCCAUUCCGCCUCGUCGUCAAUCCUUACGACUUACCGGCCAAUCUGGCAGAUCGACUCCAUCCAGCGUCGGAAACACAUCUCUCAAUGGUCAAUUUUUGGAUACGUCUGCGCAGGGAACAAAUGAACCUUCCUCGUGGCUGGACACAAUCGAUGAAUCGGGAGCAUCAUCUCCGUCAUCUGCGAACUCGAAAGCAUCAUCGGUAUACUUGCGUCGACGUACAAGCCGUCGUCUUAGCACCGAUACCGAAGCCGAGUUUGACGCAGCCCUCGAUGCAGCCGUCGAAGCGGCAUAUGAUGAUGGGUUAGAACCUGUGAUCGAAUACAAGGACGAGGAAAGCGACGAUAUUGUGGCCAACGCUCACCGGAAUAUCGAACUGGCGAAACAGCGAGUUCGAGAGGCUCAGCUUGAGGCGGAGGUUGCAAUGAACCGUGGUCGUGAGAUGCGCAGAGCCCAGGAACAAAAUAUGUUCGAUGAGCAACCCAUGGAUCGUCAUUCUGGUUACUUAGAUGAAGAGGCAGAGGAAGAAGAACGCCUGCUUGAAGAAAUGACCAAGGGCUAUGUCAUGGACGAUUUUGAAUUUGGCAUUCAAUCCAAGUCCGCACUGCCCCGAGAAUCCGACUCUAGCAAUAUGUCAGGCAGAACUUGGGAAAGCUCGGCUGGUUCAAACAUCACAGGCACCGGCGCAACACUUUCCACUCUCACCGAAGACGAAGACAUUUUGCCUCUGGAUGGACCAGGAGGACCGCGAAGUAACUUGCCUUCCUCCCCACCAACCGCUGCGUUGCCCCCAAUUCCAGUCUCGUCGGAUUUCCCAGGUCUACCACCACACCGAGCCUCACUGACCAACCCUCCUCCACCUCCAACUAUGGGCCCUCCUCCAAUUCCAGGAGUGCGCGCGCGAAGACUCUCCAAACAGGCACCAACAGAGCUGAAGAUCGAGACGAAUCGCACUCGUGCGGAUUCCGACGCUUCUGGUCUGGAUCCUUUAUCAACAACACCCUCUGCGAGUCGACCACCUCCACCUCUUCCCAAGGACGACCCGACACCAGAACACUCUCGAACCGCAUCGCGGUCCAGCUUGCAUCCUGCUAAACGCAACCCAUCCGUUGGCUCUAUUGCGGAACAAAUCCAUCUCGCCAAAACACGCACCCAGGAAGACGACGAGCAUCUUCCUCCUUUACCUCGAACUAUCGGAAAAAUACCCUCGGCUCCAGACGGACUGCACAAGGUAGCAUCCGAUUCGAAAGCGUUCCGAACACGUAAUGUGUCUGUUCCCAACCCCGAGACAGUACCAGGAUCUCCUACCACCCCAUGGAGCGGCUCUUUCCCAUCCUUGGAUUCUCAGAAAGCUCCUAUGCCCGGCACCAUGCCAGUUCUACCCACACCAACCGCCACAUACUUCACUCAGAAUGGAUUGCCUACCGGCGGGUUGAACCUCUUCGACUGUGACAUCCACUCACCUACCAGUCUGGGCUGUCCGAACACGAUGAUAGCAAAUGCGCCACAACAACUCGAGCCAUGCCCUGAAUCCUUCCUUUCCCGCCCAUUCUGGCUCAUGAGGUGCCUAUACCAGACAAUCGCCCACCCGCACGGCGGCUACCUUUCCGCAAAGCUUUUCAUCCCCCGGGACGUGUGGCGCGUGAAGAACGUAAAGCUCAAGGCUUUAGAAGAUAAAGUCGCAAACUGUGACCUCCUGACAGCAGCACUUCUCAAACUUGCCCAGGUCGAUACCUACGACGCAGACGCAGUGUUGGAAGAGAUGCAAGCUUUAGAAGGUGUUCUCGACCAAGUUCAAGGUGUUCUUUCCAAAAAGCUAGGCAACGAAGUCGGCGUCCAUACAGCAAUUCCAAUCGUCCGUCCGAAUGCAGCACCCGAAGAUCCCGCACACCCCGAUCCUGCGCCCUCCAGAACAUCCGGCACAUCAAACAAAUCAUAUCUACCCACCUGGAAACGUCUUCGAGCAAAGACCUCCGGCAUUGGCGCUGGUACCACUACGCCUACCCCGCCUAGUGGCAGGGAAAGUGCCAAAGAUAGCUUCAAUCUCAGCUCCCUGCCCAUGACGUCGGCUCCGUCAUCGUAUGUGAAGCGCAAUACGAGCCAACUUGAAUUUUCAGGGCCAAAUUCUCAAUAUAUGAGUGCUUUGGCGCGUCUGUUUGAUGCUGCUCAAGUUAUAGAUCAAAUCGCUCAACAAGUAGAAGAUCCAGGACUCAAGCACUCCUCCCCAACUCAUGUUGGUCUGGAACUAAGCACAAGACACGCAGCCGAAUUCUUCGGCUUCUACAUUUGUCGCUUUGCCUUGGCUGACGUGGGACUUAUGCUUGAUAAAUUCAUCAAGCGUGGUAGUGAGUGGGUGCUGAUUUAG